AUGAGCGCGGCUGAGCAAGCAAUCGAGCUCGUACGCCGACUCAAUGACCCCAGAUUCGCAGCUGGCGCCUCGCAGAUUUCGCGAGAGCUGCAGGAAAUCCAGUUGUCUGAUCACGGAUGGGCUGCUGCAGACGCUAUGCUCGACCAUGCGGAUGCCAAUAUCAAGUUCUACGGAGCUCUGACUCUGCAAAUCAAACUCAACAAAGACAGAAGCACACUCAACGAACAAGCAGCAGCUGAAUUGAGGUCCCGUCUGGUCCUGUGGUUUGUAAGUUUGCGUGAUCUACCUCCCAAACUCAUCAUCGACAAGCUUUGUUCCACAAUGGCCACAUACUUCAUUCAGACUCCUCUACCAUGGACACAGACUGUUCGCCAAGUCAUUUGCUCACUAUAUGCCAGUGAUGUGGUGCCUCAUGAUAUGCUUAGCUCAUAUCCGGAUACCAGCCAGAUCAUUGGCGAAUUAUCAGGCUUGAGGCUAUUCAUGGCUGUCCGCUUCUGCAGAGUGUUGGCCGAGGACGUACAGAACAGCUCUACACUAGGGCCUCAGUACUAUCAUCUCGAUAGCAUCUUCAAGAGCAACACUACUGAUUCCGCCAUACUCAUGACCUUUGUCUUCAACCCAUCAACAAGAUGUUCACCAGAGAUCGCGGUCGAAGCUGUGAAUUGCUUCUCCGCUUGGGUCGCCUACAGCUUCGCACAUUGGAACACAGAUCCUGUAGCUCUACAGCUUCUACAGAAUCUCACCCCAAUGGCUAUCCAACACUUAUUGCAUCGCGAACAAGAUGUCAGAGAUCCGACUGUGGAAUUCUUUGUCAACACCCUGGAGUAUCGCUCAAAGUUCCUCCAGAAGAAUGAUCUUGAGUCUCUGUCCCUGCUAGUGCGCAAAACCAUUGGUCCACAAUGUCUAGCGCAGCGCCCAAAUUUCUUGAAUCCAGCAAUCGUAGCAUUCAGCAAACUGGUCACUGCGUAUGGUAAACUGAUUGUCAAAGAUUUGAUCUCGGAGAGAAACCGCGAAUCAUCUCAAGAAAUAAUCGACCUCUUACAGCAGUUGUUGACUGCCCCUGGUUAUCCUGCUGAAGACGACCAAGUCAUCCUCAACGUCACCGAGUUCUGGAUUGAAUUCGCCGAACAGAUCGCCGACACAGUAAUGGACUCGCCAGAGGACGAGAUCACUUUCCUGGCAGUUGUGAGAACCGAUCUUAUGCAAGCCGUCCAGACAUACAUCCCAAAACUCCAAGCGCCACCUCCAUCAGAAAUGUCUGAGUGGGAUGAAGACAACGUUGACCAAUGGCAGUUUUUCCGCGAUAACAUCAGCGACUUCUUUGAUCAAGUCAAUGCCAUUCCUGACACGCACCUCUUAAGCAACAUGGUUGUUCUUGCAACCAGUGUCUUACCUACUCAAAAUUGGCUGCGUCUCGAAGUCAUAAUUUUCUCCAUCAACUGCAUCUCUGACUCUAUCGUACUGUCAGACGAGAAUACCCAGGCCCUUUCUGCGCUUAUUGGUUCUUCGUUGUUCAAUGACAUCUCAUCCAAUGAUGUCGAAGUGCCAAACAAGCUGAAGCGUGCUGCCAUGACGCUUGUUGAUCGAUAUUCUUCAUUCAUCAAGAAGAACCCCCAAUUUCUACCUCCGGUUCUUACCUUCCUCUUCACGAUUCUGGCAUCUACACCCGCAGACCGCGUCAAGCUUGCAGACGCCUCAGCGAGAACUCUCGAACAGCUUUGUUCUUCGUGCCGCAAGUCUUUGACACCACACCUUGGAGAGUUGCUUCAACAAUGCCCACAAGCACUUUCCGGCCCCUCAGCAAACAGCUAUCAGAAAGAGAAGAUCAUGGCAGCUCUUGCCUCAAUCAUCCAAGCUUUACCCACUGAAGAAGCCAAGGCUGCACCACUGGAAUCGCUGAUUGGAGUGAUCGAGAAUGACCUCAACACAGCUAUCACAACUCUAAAUGCAGGCAAUCUGGAGGACAGCGAAAUGCUAGGAACGUCUGCUUUACAGUGUCUGGCCAGCAUCGGCAAAGGUAUUCAAGCACUUACCAACGAUGUUAUCGAUGUGGACAGCGAUGACGAAGAGGCAAAUGACGACCCAGCCGCCACAAGCAACUUCUGGACUUCGUCAGCUGGCGUCGAGAUACAGAACAGGAUCGUGCAAUGCAUCAACAUUGUUGAAUUCCUGCACAACCCGGGCGAUGCCAUGGAUGCCGCCUGUGCGAUCCUGCGUGCCGGUCUCAAGGAGACGAAGCCGGGUCCCUUCGUGUUCCCACCCCAGGCCACUGUCACCUUCAUCAGUAAGGCACAAAUCAGCACACCCCGUAUCGAGGCCAUCAUCGGUACAGCGUGCAGUUUUGUCUCCAACUGUUCGCGCAAGUCGGCACCGCACAUGUUUGACGAAAUGUCGGCAGUAUACCAGAGAGUAGCGCUGGUGAUGCAGCAGCUCGGCGACCCGGCCAACGACCCCCAAUUGGCCCAGCUAUGCAUCGACUUCUUGCAGAGGCUGCUUGUCAGCUAUAUUGACGUUCUGCUCUCUCCUUCAGACGACGAGAUUGCUGCUGUUCUGCAGUUUGUCAUAAACUGCAUGGUAGGCAAUGCGCCCAUGCUCAAGCGCAACGCCUGCAACUUCUUCGAAACCUUGCUGGGUCUCGCCAACCCACGCACCGCCAACUCCCUCCCUCCCUGCCGUGUGCCUCCCCUCUCCGUCCUCUCGGCCUUCGCCGGCCCUCUCUCCCAGGCUCUCAUCUUUAACAUCGGUGGGCUGGCCCAGCGCUCGGAGAUUGAGUCGCUGUGCAAGCCCCUGCGCGCGCUCGUCUUCUCCCAGCCUGGGCUGGCCAAGCAGCACCUUGAAGCCUCUCUGCUGGACCCCGGCUUCCCGUCCACUAACGUGGGAGAGAAGGAAAAGCGGGUCUUUGCGGCCAAGGUUCUCGGGUUGAGGGGAGGUAGGCAGACGGUGGUAGUGGUCAAGGAGUUUUGGGCCUUGUGCAAGGGCACAGUGACGUCGUUUGAGUAG